GUCGUAUCAAUCAGUACUCAACAGUUCUUCCUCCGGAGAAAUUUUGGCUUCGGAAAUGGAGAUGGCGCAUUACAUAUAGUUCUCUCUUUCUUCCUUCUUCUUCCGCUCUGGGUUUUCUUCAAGGGUUAGGGUUUCUAAUCCCCCUUUGUUUUCUUUCAAUUUCUCGAACGGAUCCUUAUCUUCGAGGAUUUUGGCUCUGUUCCUUGGUUGAGAACCCUUGUUUCUAAGGGUUUUUCGUCCCAUCAUAAGCGGAGAUUAAGAACAUGGAACAUGAUGAGGCAAGCUGUCAAGCUCCCCCUGAGGGUCCCCUUCUGUGCAUCAACAACUGUGGCUUCUUCGGAAGUGCAGCUACUAUGAAUAUGUGUUCUAAGUGCCACAGGGAUUUGAUGUUGAAACAAGAUCAGGCUAAACUGAGUGCGUCAACUCUUGGAAGUAUCAUGAAUGGAUCGUCUAGUUCUAACCGAAAUGAGCCCUUUGUCACCGCAGGUGUCGUCGAUGAGCCAGUUAGUUUGGUGGAGCCUAAGAUCUCCUCAAUGCAGGCAUCUCCUGUGGUUGUUUCAGAAGGGAGCAGUGGAGUGAAGCCAAAGGACAGACCUAAACGUUGCAACAAUUGCAACAAGCGAGUUGGAUUAAUGGGAUUCGACUGUCGAUGUGGUAACGUCUUCUGUGCCAUUCAUCGUUACUCCGACAAACAUGACUGCCCUUUCGAUUAUCAUACUUCUGCACAGGAUGCGAUUGCUAAAGCCAACCCCAUUGUGAAGGCAGAGAAGCUCGAUAAGAUCUAGCGCAAAUCAAGCUAAAGGGCUGGAUGGAACCUUUUAAUGCGUCGAUCAUCGACAUCAUCACCUAGAUGAUUUCUGCUUUGCUUCAUGCAUAUCUUGUAACCUGUUGUGUAUUGUUAUAUUUGAAAGAGGUAUGGCAAAACCAUGGCAUCUUUGCAGUUUGAAGAAAGUGUAGGAAUCGGUAUUUU